GAAGUGUAGAAAAAAUAUUGUGAAUCGAUCGAAGCAGUUAUACACUCACACUGGCGGACGAAAAGCUUGGCAAUGCUCAAAGAAGAAGAGACGGAACGACAAGGGCGUCCAAUUGGUAGAGCAGAGUUGUGGACCUUAACGCACAAACGACCUAAUGGCUCAUAUCUCCAUGAUGCAGCUCGGGCUAUUGGUGAAAGAAUUGUAGAGAUUGAGCAGCAUGAUGAAUCAUCUGGACCGUUGUUUCAGAAUGAUUCGCUUGCUCAAGCUCUUGGAAAGGAGCACCCGGAUAGAGUGCGUGGCAUGGGUAUCGGACCGACUUCUAGUCAAGUGUUCUAUACGAAUUCACAUCAGCCGAGCAAUGAAAUUCAAAGAGAGGAGACCCAAAGGGUGCUGCUUGAGCUACAAGCAGAGCUGGCGGCCGAGAAAUUAAAAAGGCAGGCAAUGGAGAGUGUAACAGCCCAGACCACCCGCUAG